AUGGGUGACGCAUUGACGCCACUGCCGGCCGACGGUCUCAUGACGCUCAUUAUGGCGGACAACCAGGCAUUGCUGGACGAACGUCGUCAGGUUCUGGCCCAGAUUGUCAUGGACAUUCUGAACCACCCGGUGGCGCGUGACUUGCCGGACGUGCUGGAAUUCCUGGGCCACGAGUCGAUCAGCGCCAAGGUGAUGGCUCCACUGUCGGGUCAGUGCACGGGCUCGAUCCGCAAGACGUCUUGCCCCGCGUGGACGGCGCCGUGCCGGGCGUCCGUCAUGUCGUCGUAAGACCACCACAACUCGGGCAACUUUUGACACGCGAGUGAGCAAACAAGC